AUGGCCCAUGUGUUUUAUGGGAACUACCAAAAUAGGAGAAAGGCACUGGAUUCCUGUCAUCAGGCCUCAUGUAACCAGGGUAACCGCGGCCUCGAAAUCCUAGUCGGAGCAUUCUCAUUCCUCGCCUAUAUGGCGCCAUUCGGUGCUUAUGGGUGUGAUGUCCAGGUAACCAUUGAUUGCCCCAACAACAGCUUCCCAUUCGCCACGUGUGCCGUGCCCGGGGGACUUGCAGCUGGCAUUGUCACGAAACACUCGCGGUGGUUUGACUGCACGCUGGGCAUUAGCUUCGGCUACAGUGCUGGCUCAGUAUGGGUGAGCCGAGGCUGCCGCGCCACGUUCAACGUCUGCUCGUGCCGGAACUACCAGUCAAUAGACUGCGACAGCUUGGACUUUAUUCACCAGGUCUGUGGCGUUCCCGGAGCCUCGGCAGUCACGUACGUCCGGCUCGCCCAGCAGCGCUCGAAAGCUGCGUGUAUCCUGAACUCAAGCUAUGGUAUCGACGGCGCCAACAUCUAUGUGAGCGGCUGCAGGGGGCGAUUCGACGUCUGCUACAAUUAGUAAUGUUGCCUCUGUGCGAAUUUAACAUAACAACUAUAAAUCAUAGCGGUUUAAAUAUGCUAAAAUAAACAAAUUUAAUCGUGCAA